AUGGAUAGUGCGCGUCCCCGAACACGUCGGCGAGAGUCACGCGAUGAGACCCCCGUGAAGUCGUCAUCAGACGAAUUGGCCGCGGGCCCUGGAGUCGACGAAACAAAGCUCCGGCGAGGUAGCUGGACGAAGCAGAAGAGUUUCACACCGAAACGGCCGAAACACCAUGAGAGGCAAUACAGAGAGUCGGAGAGCUCGGAUGAGCUCGCUGUCGAUGCUGAUGAGUACUGGCGCGGCUCGCGCAACCGCCGCAGUCCUUCGCCUAUUAACCGUCACGCCGAUUCGAGCAGCAAUGACCAGUCUCAUGGCGGGUCUGAUGAGGACAGGAUGAGCAAUGGUGACGAGGCCCUCGCACCUGCACGAGAGGAUAUGUCUGAUCGGUCGUCCACGCCUGUGCCCUCAGUCGAGGCACCUCUCAAGCCGGUGCAGCUCAAUUACAAAGAGAAAUUUGUGCUCCGGGGCCACCUGCGCGGCGUGGCUGCUGUGCAGUUCUCGCCAGAUUGCUCGAUGAUUGCAAGUGGAGGUGCCGAUGCUGCUGUCAAGGUCUGGGACACGUUGACUGGCCGAUUGAUUUAUACCUUUGAGGGCCACCUUGCUGGCAUUUCCACACUUGCUUGGAGCCCUGACGGACAGUGGAUUGCCUCUGGUUCUGAUGACAAGACCAUUCGGUUCUGGAAUGUCAAUACGGGUCGAGCGCACACAAAAAUCUUCGAAGGCCACCACAACUACGUCUACCAAAUAGCGUUCGCACCCAAGGGUAAUAUCCUCGUCAGCGGCUCCUAUGAUGAGGCCGUUUUCGUUUGGGAUGUACGACGAGCGCGUGUUAUACGCUCCCUUCCCGCCCACUCCGAUCCUGUUGCUGGCAUCGAUGUCGUACACGACGGCACCCUUAUUGUCUCGUGUGCUUUGGAUGGACUUGUCCGUGUCUGGGAUACCCACAGCGGUCAAUGCUUGAAAACACUCGUGCACGAAGACAACCCGCCUGCGACUUGUGUCAAGUUCUCUCCGAACGGAAAAUACAUUCUAGCGUGGACCCUAGAUGGUUGUGUUCGCAUGUGGAACUACGUCGAAAGUCGUGUUAUCAAAACCUUUCAGGGCCAUGUCAACAAAAAGUAUAGUUUGUCGGGCUGUUUUGGUUACUAUGGCUCACCUGAAGUCAAGUAUAAUCCACCCUUGGCUUUUGCCGUGAGUGGUAGCGAGGACGGCGCAAUCCUCUGUUGGGAUAUUGUCAGCAAGAAUAUCCUUCAACGAAUUGAGGGCCACACAGACGUUGUUUCAAGCGUCCAUACGGGUAAGCUGAAUGGAAAGCGCAUGAUCGUGAGCUGUGGCCUGGACAAGACCGUGCGCGUAUGGGAGGAAACUCCGGAGAACCAGGACCGAAAUGGCUCCGAUGCGUCUCCAAUUCAAGUUGGUACCGAAAUUACCAUUCAGAAUGGUGCCGCUAUCAACGGCGAUGACGACGGUGACAACGAAAUGACUGACGAUCCUCCCGAGCCAUCUACUGAGACGACUCCAGCGCUUACGGAGGACGUGACGAUGACAUGA